AUGUUUCAAAUAUUGUAUUUUAAUAUUGAUUCAGAUAUUUUAGCAAAGUAUUAUGAUGAAUUAAAAAUAAGACUUCGUGAAGACCUUAACGAUGAACUUCUUUCAAUUAAUGGUUCAGUCAAUACAUAUGUUACAACGGAUCAUCAUGCACAUUGUACUGAUGAUAAGAAUAAUUUUGAAUUAGUUUAUGAAUGUAUUUAUAUUCGAAGAAAUUUUUUGAAUAUAAUUAGUCUUAGUUUACAUCAUUUAGUUGAACCCGAUAUUGAUUUAGCUAUUUUACAAGCUCUAUUAAAGGCUACUUCUGAUAAAAAGGGAUGUGAAACAACUAUACAACAUAAACAUGAACAACUUCGUUUAAAUAUUAAUUUAAAUGAUUUAUUUUUAUUGGCACUAAAACAUAAUCAACGAGAAUUUGUUGAAUUAUUUCUUUAUUAUGGUUUUCCAUUAUCUAAUUUAUUCGGUAAUAUUGAUACACUUAUUGAUCUUUAUACUUGUAAAAAGAAUGAAAAUGAUAUUUUCAUUAAUAGUUCUAUUAAAGAUCCAUCACGAACCUUAUAUGAAAAAAAAAAUACAACCAUUUAUGAGAGAUUUUUUUGA